CGGCAGAGCGGGGCGACCUUCGGCCUCUCGAGGCCCACCCCGGAAUCGGUGAUUUUGCUCGGUGAAUUCAUCUCCGCUCGAUGUAAGCCGGACCUUGGCCUGAAGUGCUCAUUUUGCAUUGCAGCGCGUAGAUAUAUAUCGAAGGAGAGAUUCUUGAAACUCAGAUAGUUUCGCCACCAAGUCCUCGUUCAAAACCUCGCAAACACACACCUCAGUGAACCAGAUUCAUCACCUCAACCGCAAUUCAAUCAUGAAUGACCCCUCCAAGACCUUCAAUACGCUAGCAACUCAGCUUUCGCAGCUGGCAAAUUCGACCUCAAGCGAUGUUGAAAAGAACAGCGCCGCCGUUGACAUAGCCCGCAGGAUCCUCGCGGCAGCUCGAGGACCGACACCAGAUUGGAUGGACCGGAUGAUAAAUGUAAUGGAAUUGACUGGACUCAAACUGCUCCUUGACUGGAACGCACUGGCCAUGAUACCAUCGGAGGGCGCGAUAACAUACGCUGAGUUGGCCAAAAAGCUGUCAGCGGAGGAGCCCUUACUUCGACGGCUAGCUUGGGUGCUUGUUUCUAGUGGGAUGUUGCGUCAGGUUGAUGACGACAAGAUCGCGCAUACAGAGAAGUCACGCGAGUAUCUUCCCGGGACACCUAAUGAACUCCUGCUACACAUGAUGUUCGAAGAACAUGUUACGACGGCUCUGAAGCUGCCCGAGUACUUUGAACAGUACGGCCGCCGGGAGCCAGCCACUCGCCAGCACACUCCCUAUGCCUUUUCACGCGGUCAGCCAGAAAAGGAGAUCUGGGAGAUUCACCAAGAGAACCCUGCACAGGUAAAGAGGUUCAUGGGAGUUAUGGAAAUGGUGCAGUCAUUCAUUCCUCUAGCUGGUAUCUACGACUUUGGCUGGGUGGAGACGAGGCUGUCUGAGCAGCAUGACAGACCGCUUCUCGUGGAUGUGGGUGGCAGCAAGGGCCACGCCAUCAAGGCGAUUAUGAAGGAGAACCCUUUUAUUCCAGCCGAUCGCAUAGUUCUCCAGGACAGAGAUGAGGUGAUUCAACAGGUUGUGGAACUCAAAGAUUCGGGGCUCGAUGGGGUACACCUACAGGUACACGACUUCCACGAAGCGCAACCUGUCAAAAACGCACUGAUCUAUUGGAUCCGGCGAUGUCUGCACGACUAUGGAGACGACGACUGCGCCACGAUGCUCACGCAGCUAUCGGAUGCCAUGAGUUCGGACAGUAAGGUACUUAUCGUCGAGUAUGUCCUUCCGAGCCCUCCUCCGCCCAUUGGCGCCAUGACAGACUUCAGCAUGCUUGGAAUUGGGGGAAAGGAACGGACAGCCAAUGACUGGGAGGUGCUUGUUGCUAGGUCUGGGCUCAAGAUUGAGAAGAUUCAUGGCCUGGAUAUGAAGAUGCAGGUCAUUGAGUGUGUUAAGGCCUGAUUUGGAAGUGAACGAGAGCCAGAGCUGUUGUUGAUCAACCACCGUAGUUCGUCGUGAAUUUUGUGAUACGCUCGACAAUCACCACUUCUCCUGGAUUCCGAGGCUUUGUUCAACUAAAUGAUGAUUGUGUCUUGGCAGGAAAGGGUGUGUACUGGGAUGUUUUAAUCGCUAUUUUGGUUUUCGAUAAACAACUAUUCGUCACCUUGAGCGGCAUAAUUAAUCCCGUGGAGUACAAAGAUGUCCGCGUGUAAACGGAGCCGCAGACGAAACUUUCCUGCUCUAGGGAAUUACACAAACUCAUGUUGCCCCGGAAGUUUCUCUGUCUCCAUGUUUGUCCUGGAACCGGUCAUGAAACAACCUUAAGUCCACCGGCAAACUCUACUACGUACUUUAUUUGACACAUGC